AUCUUCUGGUGUAUCUUGAACAUGAGAAACCACGGAUGUCACAGCUCUCGAAGGUGGAUGCAUGCGUUUUGCAGCCUGUUGUGCAUCUGGAAGUGCCGAUUGCGUAUUACUAGUAUCAGCCUCCACUUCCACACCAGACGGAGCCAACUGAACCUCGAGAUUCGGGGUCGAUGGAGCACGUUCAUUAUUGACAUUCAGGGGAACAGGGCUGUGGGUGCGGGAAUCGUUCGAGCGCAAUAUCCUUAACUUCUUCGCACUGUCCUUAAUCUUCUUCAGAAGCCGACCGAGUUUACUACGGGGUCGGUGCGAGUUUCCACGAACUGUUACCUCGCUAGUUGUGUGAGUCGAAUCCCUCCGAGUCCGAGUCGAUGAGUUGCCUUUUCUCAUUGUGAAUAGCAGUUGAAGCGAAGCAAGAUGAUAAGAAGGGCCUUAGAGCCUACAUCAUUCAUAUAAAAUAAUAGGCCAUUCUUAGUACCACAGCGUAAAACAACGGACUACCGCCGGGGGGAAGUGUGGGGAAAUUUGAUACUUUCCCAGGAAUUCCUUGCAUUUCUCUCAACGAGUCAGAUUAUUCUAAAACUUCCUGUAUAUUGUAUCUAUCAACUUGACUUUG